AUGAACGACUCCUACAAUACAAGUCAGACAAAUCCAUCUAUAUAUUAUAACCCAGCUUCAUCAGCGCCGAAUCAACAAUCAUCAACCACAUCAGCCACCAAUAACUCAAACAACAAUCCUAUCAAUAACAGUAAUACUACAUCAUCAGCCAAUAAUCUAGCUAUCACCAGUUCGAACAACAAUCAAUCUUCAUCUCAAUCUGGUUCAAAUAAUGCAACGAAUCCAACUAUAAUAAAUGAUCUUUACUCUCAAAUUAAUCAAUUGAGUAAUCAUUUCAAUAGUUAUCAAUCCAAUAAUAAUGAUAAAAUUAAUGAAAUCAAUUUGAAAUUGAAUUUUAUAAAUGAUUCAAUGGAUUCUAUAAAACAUAAUGUAAAUGAUUUAACUCAACAGGUUUUAGUUUUAAUUCAAAAUAAUAAUAAUAAUUCGAUGAAUUAUUCAAAUGCUAAUCAAAAUAAAGUAAUUGAAUUGUUUCAUAAACAUAUUUAUAAAUUAGGUAAAGAUAUUGAAGAAUUAUCUCAUAGUCAUCAAGGAUCGUCUUCUUUACAAUUACAUUCCCAACAACAACAGCAGCAGCAACAACAUCAACAGCAGCAGCAACAACAACAGCAGCAACAGCAGCAACAACAUCAGAUUCAUCAUCAACAUAGAAAUCAAUCUCAUCCGUCAGCUACGUCAACUUCAGCAGUAAAUAGUACUACCAAUUCUGUAGCAGGUGGUCCGAAUACGGGUAAUUAUACAGUAUCAGGUGAAGAAGUUGUAGUGGAUGAUUUAACCCGACCAUCAUUUCCAAAAUCUAUAAAUUUAAGAUCACCAGCUCUUCCUCAAGCUAAUAAUUCAAAUCCAAAUUCUCCAUAUAUACUGAAUCGAUUUAAUUUUGAUUUAAAUUCAUUUUCAACUACUAGAAAUUCUAAUAAUAACCCAAAUCAAUCAUCAAGUAAUCAAACUACUAACAACAAUCAAUCACCAUCAAAUCAAAAUAAUAAUGCAUUGACGUCAAAUAAUGGACCAAAUUCAAGUAGUUUUGCCACGUUCCAUUCAUUAGAUAAUGGUACAAAUCCUCCCAUAACUGUUACAUCAUCUGAUAAAUCCACUAAUAAAAAGAAGAGAAGAAAGAGUUCUAAAAAAGAUGAUCAACAACAUGCAAGCAAUUCAACUGGUUCUACUAAUGCAACCACAACUUCCAAUGGUGCAUCUUCUUUAGCCAAUAGUUCAUAUAUUUUACCAUUACCUACAUUAUUAACUAGUGAUGUAAUUGGUGGUGGACAAAAGAGUAAUAGUAAUAAUAAUGCAGCUGCAGCGGCAGCUGCAGCUCAAUUCAUGUCAGUCAUACCAAGAGCAAAUGAUAAUGGAUCACUUUUAAGACAAGCUACUAGUGGACGUCAAAGUUUUUUCGUUGAUGAUGAUAUUGAUAAUAAUAUUGAUGAUUUAACUAAUGCAACUACCAAUGUUCCUACAUCUACCACCAAUGCUGUUACAACCACUACCACCUCGAAUAAUGAUAAUAGUACCAAUAGAAGUUCGGGGUCAUCCAAAUCCAAAUCAAGUAAAAAGCGUAAGAAGGAUGAUGCUAAUAAUAACUCCAAUAAUAAUAAUAAUAAUAAUGCUACUAAUGAUGUGGAUGAAAAUGGUAAUUCAACUGAUAGUAUUAAUGUAAGAUUAAGUAAAAAUUCGAAUCCAUUGAAUUUACCUAAAUAUAGAAUUGAAAGAAGUCUUAAAUCUUUAACUGAUAUUUGGAAAGAAUAUGAGUAUGGAUUAAAUGAUAAACCAGCUUUAAAGAUGUUAGAAAUCAAAUAUGGAGCUAAAUGGAGAAAUGAAACAGAAUCAAGAACCUUUCUUCGGAGAAGAAAAAUCUAUGAAGCUAUUGAAUCAGGUAAAGCUAAAGGAUAUACUGAAGAACAAGUGAUUCAAGAAUUAGAAGGGUUUAGAAGUUUUGAGAUCAAUGGAACAGUUAAAAAGAGGCCUUUACUGUGGUUAUGCAUCAAUAUUCCUGAGAAGUAUAUGACCUAG